UUUUGUGUGAUUGUCAGAAUCCAAGAUGAACCCAGCUGUGUGUCCAUGAAGAGUGCCUGGUCUAUGGAUAAAUCUCUUACCUUCAGAGAUGGACCCCAGUCUGAAGCUCAAAAAGUUCAUCAGGAGAAUGCAAAUAUUCCCAGUGAUCAGUCAACGCAACAACCUCAAAACGAUCUGGACUCCAUAUUUAUGCUGCUUGAGGACAAUAUUGUCAGUUUUGUGAAAAACCAACUUAAGUGGUGGCAGCAGGUUCUGAGUCCAGAUUACCCAGAAUGGGUAGGGAGUCAGGAGGUUAAGCAAGUGUUGGACGGUGAGGAUGAAGAGCAGAGAAGGAGCAGCAGAGAGGCAUUUCUGAAGAUCACCCUGAACUUCCUGAGGAGAAUGAAGCAGGAGGAGCUGGCUGACUCUCUGCAGACCAAAACUCAGUUGUGCCCAUCUAAACUCAAGUCAAACCUUCAGAAGAAGUUCCAGUGUGUGUUUGAUGGGAUCGCUAAAGCAGGAAACCCGACCCUUCUGAACCAGAUCUACACAGAGCUCUACAUCACAGAGGGAGGGACUGCAGAGGUCAAUCAGGAACAUGAGGUCAGACAGAUUGAAACAGCAUCCAGGAAACCAGACAGACCAGAAACAAGAAUCAGACAAGAAGACAUCUUUAAAACCCCACCUGGAAGAGAUGAACCAAUCAGAACAGUGCUGACAAAGGGAGUGGCUGGCAUUGGGAAAACAGUCUUAACACAGAAGUUCACUCUGGACUGGGCUGAAGACAAAACCAACCAGGACAUCCACUUCAUAUUCCCAUUCACCUUCAGAGAGCUGAAUGUGCUGAAAGAGAAAAAGUUCAGCUUGGUGGAACUUGUUCACCACUUCUUUCCAAACCAAGAAACCAAGAAAGCAGGAAUCUGCAGGUUUGAAGAGUUCCACGUUGUGUUGAUCUUUGACGGUCUGGAUGAGUGUCGACUUCCUCUGGACUUCCACAACACUGAGAUCCUGACUGAUGUCACAGAGUCCACCUCAGUGGAUGUGCUGCUGACAAACCUCAUCAGGGGGAAACUGCUUCCCUCUGCUCGCCUCUGGAUAACCACACGACCUGCAGCAGCCAAUCAGAUCCCUGCUGACUGUGUUGACAUGGUGACAGAGGUUAGAGGGUUCACUGACCCUCAGAAGGAGGAGUACUUCAGGAAGAGAUUCAGAGAUGAGGAGCAGGCCGGCAGAAUCAUCUCCCACAUCAAGACAUCACGAAGCCUCCACAUCAUGUGCCACAUCCCAGUCUUCUGCUGGAUCUCUGCUACAGUUCUGGAUGUGAUGAAAACCAGAGAGGGAGGAGAGCUGCCCAAGACCCUGACUGAGAUGUACAUCCACUUCCUGGUGGUUCAGUCCAAAGUGAAGAUCAUCAAGUAUGAUGGAGGAGCUGAGACAGAUCCACAGUGGAGUCCAGAGAGCAGGAAGAUGAUUGAGUCUCUGGGAAAACUGGCUUUUGAUCAGCUGCAGAAAGGAAACCUGAUCUUCUAUGACUCAGACCUGACAGAGUGUGGCUUCGACAUCACAGCAGCCUCAGUGUACUCAGGAGUGUUCACACAGGUCUUUAGAGAGGAGAGAGGACUGUACCAGGACAGGGUGUUCUGCUUCGUCCAUCUGAGUGUUCAGGAGUUUCUGGCUGCUCUUCAUGUCCAUCUGACCUUCAUCAACUCUGGAGUCAAUCUGAUGGCACAAGAACAAUCAACCUACCGACUAUCUGUCUUCAGUGACAAACCUGAACUAAAACAUCUCUACCAGAGUGCUGUUGACAAGGCCUUACAGAGUCCAAAUGGACACCUGGACUUGUUGCUUCGCUUCCUCCUGGGUCUUUCUCUGCAGACCAAUCAAAGACUCCUACAAGGCCUGCUGACACAGACAGGAAGUAUCUCACAGACCAAUCAGGAAACAGUCGAAUACAUAAAGAAGAAGAUCAGUGAGGAUCUCUCAGCAGAGAAAAGCAUCAACCUGUUCCACUGUCUGAAUGAACUGAAUGAUCGUUCUCUAGUGAAGGAGAUCCAACACUCCCUGAGAUCAGGAAGUCUCUCCACAGAUGAACUGUCUCCUGCUCAGUGGUCAGCUCUGGUCUUCAUCUUACUGUCAUCAGAAACAGAUCUGGACGUGUUUGACCUGAAGAAAUACUCAGCUUCAGAGGAGGCUCUUCUGAGGCUGCUGCCAGUGGUCAAAGCCUCCAACAAAGCUCUGCUGACGUCCUGUAACCUCUCAGAGAGAAGCUGCAAAGCUCUGUCCUCAGUCCUCAGCUCCCAGUCCUCCCGUCUGAGAGACCUGGACCUGAGUGACAACGACCUGCUGGAUUCAGGCGUGAAGCAGCUGUCUUCUGGUUUGGGAAGUCCACACUGUAAACUGGAAACUCUCAGUCUGUCAGGUUGUCUUAUCACAGAGAAAGGCUGUUCUUCUCUGGCUUCAGCUCUGAGCUCCAACCCUUCCCAUCUGAGAGAGCUGGACCUGAGCUUCAAUCAUCCAGGAGACGCAGGAGUGGAGCAGCUGUCUGAUCUACAUGAGGGUCCACACUGGAGGCUUGACACUCUCAGGGUGAAUAAUUGCAGUGAAAAGAGGAUGAAAUUUGGUCUGAGAAAAUAUGUCUGUGAACUGAAACUGGACAGAAACACAGUAAACAGAUUCCUCAAACUGUCUGAAAACAACAGCAAGGUGACAAGGUCACAAAUGUGUCAACCAUACCCUGAUCAUCCAGAGAGAUUUGACUUCUGCUGGCAGCUGCUGUGUGGAGAUGGUCUGACUGGUCGCUGCUACUGGGAGGUCGAGUGGAAAGGAAAGGUUGUAAUUGCAGUGACUUACAGAGGAAUCAACAGAAGAGGAAAGGGCUGUGACUGCAGACUCGGAUGGAAUGAUCAGUCCUGGAGUCUGUACUGCUCAAAACGUUACUCUGUCUGUCACAAUAACACAGUAACACCCAUCUCUCAGUGGCCUUCCUCCAACAGAGUAGCAGUGUAUGUGGACUGUCCUGCUGGUACUCUGUCCUUCUACAGAGUCUCCUCUGACUCACUGAUCCACCUCCACACCUUCAACACCACAUUCACUCAACCUCUUUACCCUGCGUUUGGGUUUGGGUUUGAUCUUAUGUCCACAUCUUCAGUUACUCUGUGUGAGCCGUUGGAGAGAGUCCGCUGGAUAAAGACACACACUGCUGAUAUGUAUGUGUUUUAGAAUCGGUGAAAAUAUUUCCUGAGAGCAGAACUUACUGUAAUGACUCUGUAACUGUAGAGAGUAAUCCCCACCAUGGCUGCUGCAGUCCUUAUAGAGCUGCUGAGUU